AUGUCAUUAAACAGUAAAGGGAAGCUAGCAUACGGGUUCAUCAAUGAAAUUGCCAAGAAGUACGAUGUGCAUAGGAGGACAAUCGGAAGGAUAUGGAGACAGAUUCGAGAUCAAAAAAAUAAUCAAGUUCCAAUUAAUGUCAACAACAAGAAGAAAGGCAGCAAAGGAAGGCCAUCCAUCCCCUUUGAUGAAAACAAAUUAAAAUCAAUUGAAAAAGUGAAGAAGACAACUUUAAGAGCACUGUCAAGGGCCAUAGGAGUUAGCCAAACCACAAUCUACAGAUGGAAAACAAAAAAGUACUUUCGAAAGCACACCAACGCCAUCAAACCGUUACUUACAGACAAAAAUAAACUCAACAGGUUGAUUUUUUGUCUUAGUAGUUGCAUUUUAGAUGAGCAAACAAGCAACUUCACAUUUAAUGAUAUGUCAAAUGUAGUGCACAUGGAUGAAAAGUUGUUUUAUAUUACAAGGACACAACAAACAUUUUAUCUAACUCAAGAUGAAAUAGAGCCACAUAGAGAAAUCCAAUCUAAAAGAUUUGUCCCCAAGAUCAUGUUUAUGUGUGCCGUUGCAAGACCAAUCUUUUCUAGUGAAGGUGAGAUGAUUUUUGAUGGAAAGAUAGGCAUAUUUCCUUUUACACAUGAAGUGGCAGCACAAAGGACAAUUAGAAGUAAAUGGCCACCACAUUUAAGCAAAACAAUUUUCAUUCAACAGGACAAUGCUAAACCACACAUUUUAGAUGAUGAUGAAGUGUUUAGAGAGGUGGCCACACUUGAUGGAUUUAGCUUCCACUUAGUGCAACAACCUCCUAACUCACCAGAUAUGAAUGAGUUUGACUUAGGGUUCUUUAGGUCAAUACAAUCGUUACAACAUCAAAAAUCAGCAUACAACUAUGCACAAUUAGUAAACGUAGUGACUAUAGCAUUUGACAAUCUGAAACCAAAUGCACUGAAAAAUGUAUGGAUCACACUACAAGCAUGUAAAAUUGAGGUUAUUAAGAAACUAGGUGGUAUGGAUUAUGACAUUCCACACAUGAGCAAAUCAAAACUUGAAAGGGAAAGGAGACUCCCACAUUGUUUGGGGGUACAACAGGAAACCAUUUACGAGGUAGUAAGAUGUCUGGACACAAAGGUGGAUGAAACUACAUCUGAGGUUAUUUUAUUUUACUUGGGGAUCAAAGACGAAGCCGUUUUCCAUCAACAUCAUUUAACAACGGCAACCACAGAAGCAGCAGCAGAUAUUUCAACAACAAAUGAAGCAAUAGCACCAACAAAAGAAACAACAGUACCAACACCAAUUCCAUGUACAUUAACAGAAGCAGCAACAGAUAUUCCAGCAACAAAUGAAGCAACAACACCAACAAAAGAAACAAGUACAUUAACAGAAGCAGCACCAGCAUGA